AAAAACAGAGGCCAUGGGAGGUGAAACCUUCCAGGAAAUACAAUUGGGCCACUCCCUCCAAUGUGAAUAUAACCACUCCUGGGGUCCUUCAGUUCAGGCUGGGCCAGCACUGUUUUGCAUGGUGAUAUCCAAGGCACCUUCUCAAACCCAGCCUGAGAUACAAAUAUCUCCCACCUGUCUCCCUCUGAGCUCAGAGCUCUCUGCCUCCAGCUCUGCAAGGGUCACAAUGCUCUCCCAGUCCUUCCUCCUCUGGCUGCUACUGCUCUGGCCUCAAGAAUCCCAGGCAGCCAUUGAGCUGACCCAGUCUCCAGCCUCCCUGUCUGUGGCUGCAGGAGACCAAGUCACCAUCAGCUGCAAGGCCAGUUCCAGCGUUAGCAAGUACAUGGCCUGGCUCCAGCAGAAACCAGGACAGUCUCCUAAGCUCCUGAUCUAUGCUGCUUCCACCCUGGAGUCUGGGGUCCCUGCCCGGUUCAGUGGCAGUGGCUCUGGGACAGAUUUCACCCUCACCAUCAGUGCAGUGGAGGCUGAGGACGUGGCAGAUUAUUACUGUGCUCAUUAUAGUAAUUAUGUAUUCCCACAGUGUUUCAGCCCCGAACAAAAACCUCCCCAGGCUGCUCAGCCGUUCAGCAGAGGGCAGCAGCUAUGUCCCCAAACUCACAGGCUUGGGGCAACCACUGCCCUCAGGGGAGAAAGGGGCCAAUUCAGCCCUCCUGCUGGAGCCAUUUGUACCAGGGACCCUGGCUGUUGUAGAAAGAGUAAGAAGAGAGAGAAAAAGGAGGAAGAGAAAGAAUCUUCUGCCUGGUAUGCUUUACCACGGACCACAAGCCUUCCCUGGGGUUUUCAGGAACCAUUUAUAGUCGUCCUGAUCUAUAUCUUGCCACUGGACCCCCAUGGCUUUACAGAAGAGCGUGAGGCUGGUUACUUUGCACAGCGCUGCCUCACUUAAAUCCAACUCCCUGGC